AUGGGAGACCAUAAGAAUAUCUUCGGCACGGAGAAUGACGUCGGAUCAAAGACCUAUUCUCUCGAGUAUAGACACUCGGACCCUGCCCUUAUGGACGCAGAAACCGAGAGCAGAUACAUCUCGCGGUUUCAACCCCGAGUCAGCAAAUACGUCGCUAUUUCCCAGGAGGCCUGCAUAGAGUGCCAAAUUGACCUGUUCGGGACGGGCAGCAUUGGAAAGGUGGUCGGUGGCUUGAGUGCGCACACGGCGGACUUUACGGCACUCUGCGCUCCAGAAGCAUUACCGGAGAGAAUUGGACUUUGUUCGUAUUUCAUUGAGUAUGCGUUUGUGCAUGAUGACAUGUCUGUCGACGCUGUUCAAGGCGGCCAGGAUAACGAUGUGCAAAAGAACAGAACCCUGUCACAGGCGCUAGGGCCAAAAAGGCUUGAAGACCUCCAAGAUAUCGCUGGAGGUGGCUUGAAGAGAAAGCAGGCCAGAGCAAAGAUCUGGGCGGUCUUGAACGAAAUCGACCAAGACUAUCUUGGUCGCUGCCAGAGGACGUUCAAGCAGUGGCAUGAGACUGGCCAGCAGAUGAGGGACGAAAAGGUCACAAACUUGGAGGACUACUUGGCUGGUAGGGCCCUGGAGUGCGGAGCAAACUGGGUUGUACGCAUGAUGGGUUGGGCCAGCGGGGUCGAACUUACGCGAGAAGAAGAGGUGGAAACCGGGCCAGUCACAUACCUGGCGUUUGUUGUUCUGGCUGUUACCAAUGAUCUCUGGUCUUGGGAGAAAGAGAAAAGAGUAACGCGGCGGUCCGGGGAUGCUCUUCCUCUGAUCAACGCUGUCCAUAUGGUCAUGCAGAUGCAGGAUACAACCGAAGAGACCGCAAAACAGACGGUACACAACAUUAUUUGCGAGCACGAAAAGCAAUACUGUCUCCUCCGCGAUAAAUAUCUAGGGAGACCCUGUACGUCGAUGUCUGUUAGGAAAUGGUUCCAGGUCCUUGAGUUGUCCAUGGCAGGAAAUGCCUUGUGGAGCAUCCAUACCCCUCGAUAUCACCUAGACGUACGAGAUCCAUAUAUCUGCCCUCCCCGGACUCCCUCCGUCUUCAGAGAACUGCACGUAAUGGGAUUAAAACCGGAAGCCAUGAAGAACGGGGAGAUCGGAUUAGGAAGCGCAAGUGCAACAGGUCCUGUAUACAAAGACCUUGAAAUAUUGGACGAAACGGUCCUAUGGAAGCCGUACAAGUAUAUCGCAUCUAUGCCAUCCAAGGGUUUCCGACAUCAUCUGAUCGAUGCGCUGCAAACUUGUGUUCUCUUCAAGUUAACCUGCCGUGGCCACAGGCUAGAUGAUAUACAGGAUGCCAGUUGUCUUCGACGGGGUAGGCCAGCGGCCCAUGAAAUAUUUGGAGUCGGCCAAACUGUCAACUCCGCAUGUUUCCACAUUAAUAAUGCUUUGCGCCUUGUCCAACACCUCUCAUCCUCUGCGGUCCUGAUAUUCUCCGAGCAAAUGGCACGCAUGUAUACAGGUCAGGGCCAUGAUAUCUUCUGGGCCACCCACAGGACUAUCCCCACUGAGGAAGAAUAUUUCAGGAUGGUUGAUGGUAGUAUGUACUUCCGAUCUCUGACGGUCGACCUAGCUCACAAGCGGAAAGAAACCGGUGGCCUCUUUCUACUUAUCCUACGCUUAAUGCAGCAGGAAGCCACCCAAAACAGGGACCUUGAUGCCUGCCGCUUCAUGUACAAGCUGGGACGCUAUUAUCAAAUUCGGGACGACUAUCAGAACCUUGUAUCCCAAGAGUAUACGUCCCAACGCGGCUUCUGCCAGGACCUCGACGAAAAAAAGCUUUCAUUCCCGUUCAUCCGAGCCUGUAAUAAUCUAGAAGAUAACACAGUGCUCAGAGAGUGGCUCAACGUGCCACACAGUGGAGCGGCCACUUCCAUGGAGGCGAAGCGAUAUAUCCUGGCCCGGAUAGAAGAAAGUCAGAGUCUGGAGGAUACUCAGAAUCUCCUGGCCCUCCUUCUUCAAGAUUUAGAAGCUAUGCUGCGGGAUAUGGAAUCUAGGACUGGACAGGAAAACUGGAUCCUCCGAUCUAUGAUGGUGCAAUUGCAGAUCAAACCAAAGAGGUCAUUACAGAAGGAGAGUACGUUUACUGAAGGGCUGCGUGUUUGGGGCGGAUAUCGAGACGCGGCUUGGAGGUUGAGAAAUUUGAACUGA